UACCCCCCUUCCCCCGUUCCUUCUUGCUGCCCAUUUCCCGCCUGUUUUCCCCUCUCAAACCUUUUGUACCUCUUCUUCUUGACUGCUUCACUUAUGAAACCUCUCUUUUCGACGUGUGUUGCUGUCGUACGCACGCCUGUCUUUUGGCCUGCUCACUUAUACAGACGCGGAGCCAUCUCCAAAUUGUCGGGUGGUUUUCAGGGCACCCCGAGCCGCUGGGCUGGGUUGUAAGUGGGAUGGCAGUUCACUCGAUUGCAAAUCCAUUUUUGACACGACACGCUCACAAAGCCAGCGAAAACAAGCAUGAUUUGACCAAACAAACGACAAACGAAUGGAUUUCACGAAAAUCGCGACAGCCUUCACCGGCACCUCAAAGACAGCCCAGAACGAACUUGAGACGGCGCUGGCUGUUCUGGCCAUGACGGCCUGCCUGACAAGGAUCCAUCCACUGGCAUCCACUCGGGAAGCGCCAGUGGUGGGUGGACAGCCCGCAUCAGGCGCCACCGCAGACAAUCCCCGGACUCAAAGCCGAUAGCUCUGUGUCUGCGCCUCUUUCAAGUAGAAACAAGCAAAGACAAGUUCAUGUUUCUCUGACCCGAAAGAAUGGUUAUGGGGCAUGCUGGCUGUUGAUUUGGGCGAAUAGCACCUGCGCAGUCGCUGUUCCGAGGGGUUUGUCCUGUUCCUGGCGGCGAAUGGCCCGUUUCUCUGUAUGGGUCUGCCUUCGCGGUAUGGCCGUGGAGGGUCACCCCAAUGGAAAGCUAUCCCAGCAGUUCCGGCCAUUGCUAUGGACACAGGGGCCAAAAGGCCUGCGCACAGCGCAGUCAGCUAUCGCUAUCGAUUGUGGUUGACUUCGUUCUCAAUGAGACAGCGCCUGCACAAGUGUGUUAAGGCAAUGCUGGUCUCGAAUGAAUCGUUACAUUGGGUAUUUGGCCCGAAAUUGUGCGACACACAUACUACGUGCGCGCGCGGAUUACGUCCACUGAGAUACGUGGAUAAAUACAGGAGCAGAUUGCUGGACGAUUUGCACAUGAGGCGUACUACUUUGACAGCACCGAUAUACUCUUCGAGCUUGGGCGUCAGAAUGUCUGCAGUUGCAACAAUGGUUCAGUGUUUUUCUCCGGUGCUUACACUACGAGCUUGGAAGCCUUUCGCCAACCUGUUUCGAUAUCGACCUGAAGGUCUGUAGCAAUUGAGAGUAUCAACUGAAGAAAGUAGCUCAGUUGCAACAAAACAGUCGGACCGGAGACAAGAUAAUGGCAAAACUCUCGUCACGGCGUUUCCAGGCCAGCUUCAAUAUCGCCAGAAAUCAAUAGUCAAUGUUUGCCAUGCAAUCAUGGACUGAGCUUCAUCGAUGACUGGCAGAAGCAGUCCCCAUGAAGCCAUGGGGCACUUUGAUCGAAAGCCUUUGUUCGUCUAUCAGCGCUUGUUGUCACAUGCAACAUCGCUAGGAAUGGCGUUUCCCAGUUUUGUAUGGAAAAAUGGGAUAGCAACAUGAUAGCAGACUCGGGCCCGCUGUUAGAAGUUGCUAUCACUUGCUAUGCUGAUUCGUCUAGGUGCGCACGAGUGGCUUGACUUCAAAAUGACGCUAUACCAGGAACAGUCAAGCACCGCGCGCUGCAAAACAGACUCAGCCUCCCCCCGACUCUCAGAGAUGUCUUCGCCGUUCGCUGAAACCCAGGCCAAUCCAUUCAGACCUGACCCGACUCGACGAGCAUCCAUUGCAGUUUAUCGCAAACUCACUGCAAACGCGCUCUCACUCUUUGGCUUAGGUAAGGCUAUCAUCUUUCUAUUGAAUCUCAGCAUCAUUUCAUGCAUCCAGUAGAAUCUCCGCGCCAGUGGACGAUGGAAUGCGAUAGAUAGAGUUGUACGCUGUCGCUUCUCCUCGCUUCGCUUCACUUUUGCCUGCCCAUUCGCAUCCACU